AACCCCUCCAUCAAGUGUGUUCAGUACUCUUCUACUGUUCUGACCUGCAGCAAACUUAAUGCAUAUCCAUUGUGUUUAAGUCAGGCCACUCCAGGCCACGGAACAUAUAUUUACAGACAAUGUACAACAUACAAAAUUUUACCUGAAAUAAACUCCUUUUACUUUGAUUUCUAUUGAAAAUUAAAGAUCUCAUUACAUAAGUGGCAGUGCAGAUUAACCCCUCCCUCCCAGUGGCCGCACAACCAGUGAUAGCGUUUCUUUCAGCUAAAUUAAUGCUACUUUGUCAAACCGUGCUUCUCUAGUGUACAUUUAAGGUUUUGGUAAAAAAAUCAACCGGAGAUCCAAUUUAAACCUACAGUUAGAUUUAAAACUACACAAGAUAGCAAGCCAUAAAGUCAUUGGUUGACAUAGACACUCUAACAUCUCUCUGAUCGACUCGUUUUUCUGAAUAUUUUCUUUUACUAGCUGCUGCAGACAAUGGAGGUUGAGGAUGAGUUUCAUGUGCAGCAUCAUAAACAACUCAGAGACCUACUGUAUUUCACAAACAACAAGAACAAGAGGAUUUUAGUGAAAGGAGACAUUUAAGAAGAGACCCCACCUAGACCUUAGCAACCAAUAAGAAAGCCCUCUGAACUAUUCCCUCCCUUUUGGAGGUGGUUUUGAAUGAUCUACAAGAUCUCUGGGAGGUUAAAAAGGGCUCAGACUCUGCAGGAGCUCCAGCAUCAGCAUCUCUGCUCUACAGACGCUACAAACACCAACCAACCAACCCACGACUUCUGCUGAUCACUGAAAAUGAGCAGAAACACACUCUCCACCAACCAAGAACUGCGCGCAGGAGACUUCCUGAUCUCCAACAACAGAGAAUUCAAAGCUAUCUUCCAGGAUGAUGGGAACUUUGUGGUUUAUGGCUGGAAGCCGCUCUGGGCUUCUAAUACUGCUGGAAAAUCAGGAAAGUUCCUGAUAAUGCAGGAAGACGGAAACCUGGUCAUCUAUAAUGAUGAUGAGGGCCCGGUUUGGGCGAGUGACUCCUGGCAGGGGUGCCAAAGCCUGAAAAACCACUUGACCCUCCACGACGACGGAUGUCUGACCGUCCGGAGGGACUGCAAGGUGUGCUGGACCGUUAAUGAAUAAACCCUACAGAAGAGAUUCACUGAACAAAAUUACAGUAAAAUAAUACAAAUCUUACAGUUUUAACUAUUCAUUAAUGACUGUACUGCUCACAAUGUUUAAUUAAAAAUGUGGUGAAAAU